UUUAUCACGCGUAUGGCUCCAAAAGAAACCCCAGGGCUGAAGUCUUUGCGCACUAUGUAAGAAGAAGCACAACCAGGUGCAUUAAAACUAUAGUAAACAAUUACAUAUUGCGUAAAGCCUUAAACAAUGGAGUAUGAUUCAUUAUUGCCACAAGAUUUAUUAAAUAAUUAAACAACCGCACCGCACCGUGGCGCUAUUUAAAUAAAUAUGGCGGAAGAAACGAAAUGCCUACGGUUAUCCAAAUUCAAGGAGUUCAUUGCUGCCAAUAAAGACUCAGUUGCUGGUAACGAAUCGAUGCGUUCCUGUGUUACGAGGAGCAGCAAUGAGACUUACCGCGUAAAUUCCGAGGAGCGUCACGCUGAGAUAGUUUCAUGUAUUUGGUCAAAUUUAACUUCAAAAGGUUGCCCCCCAGAUUUUAAAUUAAAGCUAAUGCAUUAUUGCACGCAGCAGUUGGAGCAAGAAGAGCUCUACAGUACCAAGGAAUGUGAGAUUAAUGUGGACGAUGAUACAUUAAAACCACAGUACGAUCUGUUAAAACUUCAGAAGUUCGUUGUCAACCAUUUAAAUAAACUAUUAAUUAAACUCACUGACAAUGCAUCUGCGGAUCAACUUCAAAAUUUUGCGGACAAUGAACUUUGUAAACAACUCAAUGAUUGCAAAUGCACUCUGCUACCUUCAACGUGUACUCACGCCGUCGCCUUUUUAAAAAAUAAACCGCGCAAAAUGGAGGAUCGUUAUGUGUGCCUUGAACGUUUUGGGGAAAUGUUUAAAUUGUCGAACAAAGAUUAUCGAUUCUUUGGUGUUUUCGAUGGCCAUUCCGGUGCCCUAUCAGCCUGCUAUGUCACCAAUCAAUUGCCAUACCUUCUGGCGCAGCAGCUUCAGAUGGAUACGCGAGCACAAAUCAACGCUGAGUUUUAUCGCAAUGCGUUCGAGACGGUGUUUCUGCAAGCCAACCAAAGAUUUACACAAAAACGCAUUACAAGCGGAACUACAGCCGUCUGUGCACUCAUUGCCACCAACCAUCUAUAUGUCGCCUGGGUGGGUGAUUCAAAAGCCCUGCUCGUUGGCAAACGUAUGCACCUACAGCUUGUGAAGCCGCACAAACCAGAGGCUAACGAUGAAAGGCGCCGAAUCGAGGCAGCAGGCGGCACAGUGAUUCACGCGCAGGGUCAGUGGCGCGUUAAUGGCAUAUUAAACGUUGCCCGCUCAAUAGGCGACUACAGCGUCGAGGCAGUGAUAGCGGAGCCGGACUUCGUGGACUUGGAGUUAAAUGAAGCACACGACUUUUUGGUAAUGGGAACCGACGGCUUGUGGGAUCAUGUUCCAGAAGCUUAUAUAAUUGAAGCAGUCUAUGAAAGCUUGGCCAAUGAAACAAUAAAACUCGAAGACAUUCCCAAACUGCUCAUUGAAGCUGCAAAGGAGCGUGAUUCGCAGGAUAAUAUUACAGUUAUCCUUGAACUACUGAAGCCGCGCGAGCAAAUAGUUAAUGGUUAAUAAAACGGUGAAGCAGCGAAAAUAUCUCAUCUGAGAAAAACAUUUCAUACAGCGAAUUUUAAAUUGUUAGUGCAUUGUUGUUUUUUUUUUAUAUACGAAACAGUCGUUAAGCCAACAAUUUUACGCCUCAUUCUGUGCCUGCAGCCUAAACGAAAUUGGGCCCUUUUUGUUGCUCGAAUAAGUUCAAUCGAAAUUA